UUGCGGGGGACAUACGAGGGAGAGACGGUGGCCGUCAAGCAGCCUCACCGAGACCUCCUCAACCAGCGGCUCCUGGAGCGACUCAAGAGAGAGACGCGACUCAUGAUCCAGAUCUCUCACCCCAACCUUGUCAGGAUCAUCGCCGUGGUGUUUGACGAGGAGGCCGAGCGUCUGAGACGCCCGCCACUGAUUGUGACGGAGCUCCUGGACAUGAACCUCCGCCAGUGCUACCAGGAGAUGAGACUACAGCCGCGCAACAGAGUCCCCGUGUUCCUGGACGUAGCCAGAGGACUUCACUACAUGCACGACCGCACAGAGCCCAUCAUCCACAGAGACGUGAGUGCCCCAAACGUCCUCCUGAAGGCACUCCCCAACGGUAGGUGGAGGGCAAAGGUGUCGGAUUUCGGAUCUGCCAACCUGGCCCGUUUCUCCGUGACGGCCGGGGAAGGAGCCAUCAUCUACACGGCCCCCGAGGCCUUCCCUCUGCGAUCCCCCGACUCACCGAGACCGCGACACACAACAAAGAUCGACGUGUACAGUUUUGGGAUCCUCGUGUGCGAGGUGGUGACGGCAGAGCAGCCGGACCCAGAGCUAUACCAAGUGAGGCUGGGGCAGGUAGGGAGACUAUCUCGUCCUCUGCACAGCCUCGUCGUGAGGUGCACCGACCACAACCCUGACAAGAGACCCACAAUGGCCACUGUCAUCCAGGAAUUGAGUAAUAUCUCCUUACCCUAA